UUCUUAAUUAUUUAAUUUAGUCAUUUAUUUAAUAUAAUGGCAUUUAGUUCUCCAUACAACAGCACCGGGACUGUAUGAUCAAAAAAAUAAUCAAAAAAAAUAAAAGAAUUUUGUAAAAAAAAUAUGAAAUACUGUUAUAAAACCCAAAUACUGCGUUUUAUUUUGUAGGUUUUAGCAGGUGCUUUUACUUUGGAGGCCAUUAGCCGUUGGACGAGACAACUACAUCACUUCCUUUAUCCGCGUCGUUGUCUCGAGCCGUUACUGUGCUAAAGCUAAAGCUAGCCGGCUGCUAAGUGCAGGAAUACUUAAACAUGGCCGAUUUAACCACUUUAAAAAAUGACCUGACGCUCAUAGUGAGCAACCUGGCCGAGGCGGUGAUGACGGAGAUGUUUACCGCGAAGGAGAAAGUCUCUUUGAGGAAACAAAAUCCCAAAACCGAGGAAAAACUCAAAAAACUGGUGGACAGUCUGUGUGUCCAAGCUGUUGAUAAAAUCCUGAAGAUGGUCAAGCCUCCAGGAAGCCUGAAGGAUCCAUCAGGAGACCUGAACCUUAAGGAUCCACUAGGAGGCUUGAAGGAUCCACCAGGAGGCCUGAAAGAUCCACCAGGAGGCCUGAAGGAUCCACCAGGAGGCCGUAAGAAUCCACCAAGAGACCGUAAGGGUCCAUCAGGAGACCGUAAGGGUCCACCAGGAGACCGUAAGGGUCCAGCAGGAGACCUUAAGGGUCCAGCAGGAGACCUUAAGGGUCCACCUGAGUCUGAUGAGAGCAGCAAAUGUUUAGUGAAGGCGACAGAAGGUGGAGGAGGUGGAGGUGGGCGCCCCCCCUCAGGACAGACCUACUUCAUGUUUUACAGGAACGCUGCUGCCGACUCCAAGUUUGUGCUGGUGCCACUGCCGAACCAUGCUAAUGCUAAUGCUAAUGCUAACGGUGAGAAUAAACCUGUCUUGACUCUGCACAACAAGCGCUCCACCUCCACCCCUUCGCCGCAGGCUGAUUUCCCCGACCACGAGUACGCUAGGCCGCCACCCGGCAUCGCCUCAUCAGUGGAGGGCGGAGUCUCUGCAGGACGCAGAAAGAAACGGCCCUGCAGCAGACGGCCGAAAAAAGCCCCCAGCAGGUCUCUGAAAGAACCAACAGGAAGUCCCUGCCAGUGCUCGCAGUGUGGGAUGAUGUUUCCAAACGCAGAGCGACUCUCUGACCACCAGAAGUCUCACCCAACAUGCUCCGUGUGCGGGGCGACGUUCAGGGGCAUCCUGAGACUCCGCCAGCACACCAUCAAAGAGCACGGGCUGCUGCCGUACAACUGCGACUACUGCCACAAGACGUUCAACCACAAAGCUCACCGCGACCUGCACGUGAAGGCGCGGCACACUGGAGAGAAAACGUGCCACUGCGACAUCUGCGGGAAGGGCUACUCCUGUGUCAGCCUGCUGAAGACGCACAAGAUGACCCACUUCGAGAAGACGUUUGUCUGCGACGUCUGCGGGAAGAGCUUCUACCACGCCUGUCACCUGAAGCGCCACAAACUGGUGCACCGCGAGGUGCGGCCGUACCAGUGCUCUACCUGUGGGAAGGGCUUCAACCAGGCCGCCAACCUGCGCAGCCACGAGGUGAUCCACACCGGAGAGAAACCGCUCUGCUCCAUCUGCGGCAAGAGCUACCGCUCCCUGAGGAACCACGUCAUCAGCAAACACCCGCAUGAGCUGCCCGCUGACGAGCUGUCCGCCGGAGACGCCAUCAUCACCUGCGAGGUGUGCGGCAGGACGUUCGCCAGCCCGUCCCAGUUUAAAAUCCACCAGAGGAGCCACACGGGGGAGAAGCCGUACCGCUGCGAAGUCUGCGGGAAGAGUUACGGUUUGAAGCAGCAGCUGAGAGAGCACCGGUACACCCACACUGGGGAGAAACCUUACAAGUGUUCCCUCUGCUCAAAGACCUUCAACCUGGCCACCAGCUACAUGAGGCACCGCAGCAUCCACACCGGAGAGACGCCGCACAGCUGCCUCGACUGCGGCAAGCAGUUCCGCCUGCUCACCUUCCUGAAGGCUCACCGGCGGACCAAAGCUCACCUGAAGCAGGUGCAGCAGAGGAAGAGAGUGACCUCUGACCUCGAAUCAGACUCGAUCGUAGAAACGGUAGUGUAAUGUAGGCUUGUCGCGGUGGUCGUUGUUACCGGUGUUACACAGUGGUCGGGCACACACUGAUAACAUUACGUACCCCCCGCCCCCACCGUUGUUUUGCUUUUUUUUUUACAAAUAUAAAAGCCAUUUAGUUCAUUUCCACGACUAUUAAUAGAUAGUCAGACGAUGGACGCUAUAAACUGAACAUGAAUGCAUCCAUACGGAGUCUCAGCGCAGAGUAGCAGGUGUCAUAUUUCACACACGUGACGAGAGAGAGUUGACAGACCGAGAGAUGGCGGAGGAUUUGGUGAAACCGGCGACCUCGCAGUGAAAGCUGGACCGGAGAGGCCAGACAAACCGCCACCCGACGGUAAAGAUCAACAGACACAGCUACAAUAUAGCUACAGAUAUUGAGCGUCAUCUUUUCUUGUAAAAUGUCCGGUGUAAUCGGUAACACCGGUGUUGUCACAAAAUGAUUAACCGGUGGGACAAUUUCCUCACCGUGACAUCCCUAUUGUAGCGUCCCUUUAAUAGAGCGACAAACAGGAUGAGGAUGCGCUCUGUUGUUGAGUUUAAUAUUUCACAUCAACAAUCAGCCAUCAGGAUCAUUAACCGUCAUGAAGGUGAUUAAAUCUAUUGUAGGUGGGAUUAACGGUUGUAUACAUCCUUUAAUCUGACCUGCAGGAAAACACACAGAGUGUCACCUCUGACCUCAGAUCAGACUCGCCACAGUAAUGGUGGUGUAGCGUCCCUUUAAUAGAGAAACAAACAGAUGAGGUGCUCUGUUGUUGUUUUUUGUAUUUCUGUAACUGGGUUGCCAAGUUUAUCAAAACCCACCAUUUAUGCUUAAAUCCGAUUUUUUUAGACCAUAUAAAUUGCAGUAAAAAAACAACUAGUAUGUCAUUUUUCAACAUAGGCAUGUUAAUACGACGGAGUUUUAGGGCCACAUUGAGGGGG